AUGGCAGAAGAAUUGAUACAACAACAACAGCCGGCAGAAGAUGUGCAUACAAUGUCAUCAGUAUCACGAUUUACAUGGGUCAGUAAUAAUCAAUUAGUAUUAUUUAUUAUUGUAGCAGGGAUUCUACUAUUAUUAUUUCAUUUUAGACACAAGUUGAUAGCAAUACAUGAUAGAUAUAGAACAAGAAGAAGACUACAGAUGGGAUACUACGAUCAUAUUCCUUCAUCAUUUGACGAAGAUAUAGAAGAUGGGUUGAGUAGCAAUACGUUUAAUUUAAGUUAUAAUAUUACAUCUGGAGAUUCUAGACAAGGACUUCUGGCAUUUGCUAAGGAAGAGAUUAAAUCAAUUAUGAGAAAUAAAGGAUUAACAUUUGAUGAAGCAAGGUUAGAAUAUACACAACAAGAAUUAUCUAGACAUAAUAUCGAUAAAGAUGGAUUACCUAGAGAUCCGAAGUUAGUUACCUUUUGA